UGUCCUAGCUUAACCGAAUGAAUGGAUGCUGUGAUGCACUGAGGUGCCUUUGCUCACAUCUCUCCAAGAUGACAUGAACAUUUAAGCUCAUAUUUCAACCCUCUCGCUCCUGUCUUCCACGAACUCCCGCCACUGCUGGUCAGGGUACCAUGGCAACGAGGAUGAAGCUGAAGCUGAAGACUGUGUUUGUGCUCUACUUCAUGGUCUCCCUCCUGGGCCUUGUCUAUGCAUUGAUGCAGCUUGGUCAACGCUGCGACUGCACAGAACAUGACAUGCCCAAAGACCGCACCAUAUCUCGACUGCGGGGGGAGCUGCACCGUCUUCAGGAGCAGAUAAGGAAGUCAGAGGCAACCAAACAACCCCAGAAACCUGCAGCCAAGCCUUCUCUGCCCACCAUAUUUGUGAUCACCCCAACAUACGCAAGGCUGGUGCAGAAGGCCGAGCUGACUCGUUUGUCCCAGACAUUCCUCCAUGUUCCUCAGCUCCACUGGAUUGUUGUGGAAGACUCGCCUCAUAAGACGCCACUAGUGACUGACCUUCUUGUAAAGAGUGGCCUGACCUACACACACUUGCACAUGCCUACUGCUAAGGACCGCAAACUCCAGGAGGGUGACCCCAGCUGGCUGAAGCCUCGUGGAGUCGAGCAGAGGAAUGAGGGUCUACGGUGGCUCAGAGAGGACAGAAGGGCUCAGCCGGGUGGAGACAACCAGCAGGGGGUGGUUUACUUUGCUGAUGAUGACAACACAUACAGCCUGCAGAUAUUUGAAGAGAUGAGGAGUACCCAGCGAGUUUCAGUGUGGCCAGUGGGGCUGGUUGGAGGGAUGAAAUAUGAAAGGCCUGUGGUUGAGGGAGGAAAGGUUGUUCGUUUCCAUACCGGCUGGCGUCCCAGUCGCCCCUUCCCAAUGGACAUGGCCGGCUUUGCUGUGUCCCUCAAACUGGUCCUGGCCAAUCCAGAGGCUUGUUUUGAUGGAGAGGCACCAAUGGGCUUCCUAGAAAGCAGCUUCCUCCAGGGAUUGGUUACCAUGGACGAACUGGAGCCCAAGGCGGACAACUGCUCUAAAGUGCUGGUGUGGCACACACGGACAGAGAAACCGAAGAUGAAGAGAGAGGAGGCUCUGCAAGCUCAGGGACUGGGUUCAGACCCUGCUGUGGAGGUCUGAGGAACACACACACAUUCACACACACACACACUGCACACACACAUUCACAUUCACACACACACCACACACACACACACACUGUAAAGCAUAUUCUGCUGUUAAAUGCUGCAUAUGGUUCUCUGCGUUGUAAAUACUGUAAAACAGAAAACUAUCUGUUGGAGAUGACAUUUAAAUUUACCUGGUUAUGACUGUUUGUUUUCUUGUGUCAGGUAGUAAAUGUACGUGUGUGUAUAUAUUGAGUGAGUGUGGGUGUUGUGGUAACUGUACUGACUGUAUAUUAGUGUAAUUAUCAGGGUUUUCUUUGGUUUUAGUGAGUUAGAUGUCUUCAUUUAGCAGUACAGGGGAUGAGUUCUAACAAUUGCCUAAUGGGGGCGCCAGAUCAAAAAUUUUGUGAAGCCAUGCAGUUACACCACCAGUACAUUUCUGCUUAAAGCUGGAGGAACAAUCACGUCUUAUUACAGACUCGCAUACUUGUAUCAUUCGUAGGGUUGUACAUAUUGUGCUCAAUGGAAAUCCUGCAGUGUAACCCAUUCCUGACAGCAGUUAGAUAUUCUUAUGUCUUCUUAUGUCUGAGUUACACCAAGACUGGUUCCAUCUCCUGUCUAUGUUCCCUCUGGUAGUUGUUUCUGAUCCGUACCACCGACUUCUUGACUGAUUUCUGACCGAGAUGCAGUUGCCAUGGAGCACUUUAUUCAUGCAUGGCUUCCGUUUUUGUGAUAUUAAGUGUCUGUAAGUCUGUAUUCAGCCAUAUAGAUGCUUUUUUUAAUCAUCAUCAGAGGCAUGAUCAUAGUCUUUAUUUAGUAUUGUGGAGCAAAGAUAGUACUAAAGUGCAUUUUUUCACCGUAAACAAUAUUCAUAGCAUAAACAGCAGCCAGAAAACACGCCAAACAGGGAACAAACCUUAGCAACUAGUUGCCUUGCCUUUAUCAUGCUCUCAUGCACCUGUGUUAAAAACACACAAAACUAGUACAACUUGGUGACACUAUGCUGCAACACAGGCGUAACAAAUACCGAGAUGCAAUGAUUCCACACCCAGUGUAGCUUUAGUGAUACAGCUCAGAGCGCAAAUGCUGGUUUUCAAUAGUGUGAUAGCAACAACAACUAGUUCAACAAGCAUUUUAAUGUGUAUCCUUGUAGUGAUGCUUUUUAGAAAGUUCGUGGAAUCAAUUUAGAGGCUUUGAUUAAGGGAACAACACUACUGACGCUCCUGUAAAUUCAAACAGAAUACAAAACAUGGCCUUCAUGCUACAUUUCCACUGAGAACAACACUUCAAUUUGCCUUUAAUAGACAAAAACAGCCCCUGGUAUUUAGCACUAGCAGUAUUUCAAAACUAUAUUUGAAAAAAACUCUUCAAAUAUAAAUUGAACUACUCGGUAUGUGCUUGAUUAUCUGUCACAACAUCCUCAGAAAUCAGAAGAAUGAAGAGCAAAGUAACGUUAAAGUUCGAACAAGUGCUCCUCAGCUGCUGUUGUAUGAUACUGUAAAAACAGCUAGUGCCUGCUCAUGUGUAAUUAGUGCCUGUAAGUCAGUUCUCUUACUGGUGUAUAAAGUAUUUAUCACUGUAAUAUUCUUUACAUUGUAUAAUGUGAUCAUGUCUGUCCCUGGUCUUAAAAUAAA